CUCUUACAGCUGUUGUUGGUGAUGUCUUUCUCUCAGGCUGAGGAGCUGGUGUGCAGGCGGAGAGUGGAUCCUGAGAGCCCCCAGCUAUCUAAGGAUGGACACAUUAUGCUGGGGGGAAUGCUCUCUUUCCACAGCAGGUGGAAAGAAAGACAAGAUACCUACAUGCACAAACCACUGCCACUGCAAUGUACAAGUUUGAAUUUCAGAGGGUUCCAGUUUGCUCAGGCUAUGCUCUUUGCUAUAGAGGAGAUUAAUAACAGCACCGAUCUACUGCCUGGCAUCUCUCUGGGCUAUAAGUUCUAUGAUGUCUGUGAGUCCAUUUCUAGAGGAGUACGAGUGGCACUGGCCUUGGCUAACGGUAAUGAAGUUGUAUCUACACCAUCCAAGGCACCAUGUGCCAGACCUGCCCAAGUACAGGCCAUUCUGGGAGUGACCUCUUCGUCUCUUUCCAUGGCUAUAGCUACUGUCAUCGGACCCUUUCAUAUCCCACUGAUCAGCCACUUUGCUACUUGUGCUUGUCUCAGUGAUAAAACCAAGUACCCAUCCUUCCUCAGAACAAUACCCAGUGACUACUACCAGAGCAGAGCCCUGGCCCAGUUGGUCAAGCACUUUGGGUGGACUUGGGUUGGAGCUAUUAGAUCAAAUGAUGACUACGGCAAUAAUGGCAUGGUCACAUUUACAGAAACUGCCCAGCAGCUCGGCAUCUGUCUGGAGUACUCUGUGUCUGUCUUCAGAGCAGAUCCACCAGACAAAAUACAAAAGAUAGUUGAAAUGAUCAAAGCUUCCACUUCCAAGGUGAUUGUCACGUUCCUUUCCCCCACGGAGUUGUAUGUAAUAAUAGACGAGCUGUUUCUCCACAACUUGACUGGGUAUCAGUGGGUAGGCACUGAGGCCUGGAUCUUUGAUUCUUACACUGCAGCCAUGGAUAGGCAUCACAUUCUAGAUGGUGCCAUAGGCCUGUCCAUCCCCAAAGCACAUGUCAGUGGCAUGACAGAGUUCAUGUUGGAUGUGAAGCCGCUCAAUUCAUCCAGUAACAAAUUGUUUACAGAGUUUUGGGAGACAUUAUUUAAUUGUAAAUUCAAGCAGUCAAAGUCAUCAGCAGUGAAUCAGAGUGAAUGUACUGGACAUGAAGAUGUGACUGGAGUACAAAACAGCUUCACUGAUAUGUCACUCAUGCCUAUCUUUUACAACGUCUAUAAAGGAGUGUAUGCUGUGGCCCAUGCACUUCAUCGUAUCCUCGGCUGUGAUGAAACAUGUAAAAAGGGGGAACUAGAUUCAUUCACGAUUUUACAACAGAUAAGAAAGAUUCAGUUCAAAACAAAGGAAGGAGAUGAGGUUUACUUCAAUGAGAAUGGAGACCCAACAGCAAAGUAUGAAAUUAUAAACUGGCAGCCAACAGAAAAUGGCAUUGUGGACUUUGUCACAGUCGGUCUUUAUGAUGCAUCGUUGCCAGCAGACAAACAGCUGAAUCUGCAAAACAAGUCUAUUAUUUGGGCACAGAACUCGCAACAGGUGCCUCGAUCAGUUUGCAGUGAGAAAUGUCCUCCAGGAACUCGCAAGGUUUUGCAGAAAGGAAAGCCUGUCUGCUGCUAUGACUGUUUGAGAUGUGCAGAUGGAGAAAUAAGCAACAUCACAGGUGUAGUUACAUGUGUGAGAUGUGACCCUGAGUUCUGGUCAAAUGAGAGAAGAGAUGCCUGUGUAAAGAAGGAGGCAGAGUUUCUGUCAUAUGAAGAGAUUAUGGGAGCACUGCUCACUGCAGCCUCCCUCAUUGGAACAUUUAUGACGACUGUUGUGGCAUUCAUUUUCUUCAGAUACAGGCAGACUCCUAUUGUCAGGGCCAACAACUCUGAGCUGAGCUUCCUGCUGCUCUUCUCCUUGACUCUGUGUUUCCUGUGCUCUCUGACCUUCAUCGGCCGGCCCUCUGAGUGGUCCUGCAUGCUGCGACACACAGCAUUCGGCAUCACCUUUGUCCUCUGCAUCUCUUGUGUUCUGGGGAAAACUAUUGUGGUGUUAAUGGCCUUCAGGGCCACACUUCCAGAUAGUAAUGUGAUGAAAUGGUUUGGGCCUGCACAGCAGAGACUCAGCGUUCUGGGUUUCACUCUUACACAAGUUGUCAUAUGUAUCCUCUGGUUGACAAUUUCUCCUCCUUUUCCAUUUAAGAAUUUUAAGACGUUUAAUGACAAAAUCAUCUUGGAGUGUGCUCUGGGCUCAGCUGUAGGCUUUUGGGCUGUACUUGGGUACAUAGGACUUCUGGCCAUGUUAUGUUUCAUUCUUGCUUUUCUGGCUCGGAAACUGCCUGACAAUUUCAAUGAAGCCAAAUUUAUCACCUUCAGCAUGUUGAUAUUCUGUGCAGUAUGGAUCUCCUUUAUUCCAGCAUAUGUCAGUUCUCCUGGGAAGUUCAGUGUUGCUGUGGAGGUAUUUGCUAUUCUGGCUUCAAGUUUUGGACUGCUGAUUUGUAUUUUCAUUCCAAAAUGUUAUAUAAUCUUACUGAAACCAGAGAAGAACACAAAAAAGAAUAUGAUGGUGAAGGGCUCUAGGUGGCCAGAGCAGGGUUGGGCACUCUUACAGCUGUUGUUGGUGGUGUCUUUCUCUCAGGCUGAGGAGCUGGUGUGCAGGCGGAGAGGGGAUCCUGAGAGCCCCCAGCUAUUUAAGGAUGGAGACAUUAUGUUUGGGGGAAUGUUCUUUUUCCACAGCAGGUGGAACGACAGAAAGGAUACCUACAUGAACAAACCACUGCCACUGCAAUGUACAAGUUUGAAUUUCAGAGGGUUCCAGUAUGCUCAGGCUAUGCUCUUUGCUAUCGAAGAGAUUAAUAACAGCACCGAUCUACUGCCUGGCAUCUCUCUGGGCUAUAAGAUCUAUGAUGUCUGUGGGUCCAUUUCUAGAGGAGUACAAGUGGCACUGGCUUUGGCUAAUGGUAAUGAAGUUGUAUCUACGCCAUUCAAGGCACCAUGUGCCAGACCUGCCCAAGUACAGGCCAUUCUGGGAGUGACCUCUUCGUCCCCUUGCAUGGCUAUAGCUACUGUCAUCGGACCCUUUCAUAUCCCACUGAUCAGCCACUUUGCUACUUGUGCUUGUCUCAGUGAUAAAACCAAGUACCCAUCCUUCCUCAGAACAAUACCCAGUGACUACUACCAGAGCAGAGCCCUGGCCCAGUUGGUCAAGCACUUUGGGUGGACUUGGGUUGGAGCUAUUAGAUCAAAUGAUGAUUACGGCAAUAAUGGCAUGGUCACAUUUACAGAAACAGCCCAGCAGCUCGGCAUCUGUCUGGAGUACUCUGUGUCUUUCUUUAGAACAGAUCCACCAGACAAAAUACAAAAGAUAGUUCAAAAUAUCAAAGCUUCCACUUCCAGGGUGAUUGUUGCUUUUCUCUCCAACAUGGAUAUGGAUGUGCUGAUACAUGCAUUGUCUCACCACAACUUGACUGGGUAUCAGUGGGUAGGAAGUGAAGGUUGGAUCUCUGAUUCUCAAACUGCAGCCAUGGAUAGGCAUCACAUUCUGGAUGGUGCCAUAGGCCUGUCCAUCCCCAAAGCACAUGUCAGUGGCAUGAGAGAGUUCAUGUUGGAUGUGAAGCCGCUCAAGGAAUCUAGGAACAAACUGUUUACAAAGUUUUGGGAGACAUUAUUUAACUGUAAGUUCAAGCAGUCAAAGUCAUCAGCAGUGAAUCAGAGUGAAUGUACUGGACAUGAAGAUCUGACUGGAGUCCAAAACAGCUUCACUGAUAUGUCACUCAUGCCUAUCUUUUACAACGUCUAUAAAGGAGUGUAUGCUGUGGCCCAUGCACUUCAUCGUAUCCUUGGCUGUGAUGAAACAUGUAAAAAGAGGGAACUAGAUUCAUUCACGAUUUUACAACACAUAAGAAAGAUUCAUUUCAAAACAAAGGAAGGAGAUGAUGUUUACUUCAAUGAGAAUGGAGACCCAACAGCAAAGUAUGAAAUUAUAAACUGGCAGCCAACAGAAAAUGGCAUUGUGGACUUUGUCACAGUUGGUCUUUAUGAUGCAUCGUUAGCUGCAGACAAAAUGCUAAAUCUGCAAAACAAGUCUAUUAUUUGGGCACAGAACUCGCAACAGGUGCCUCGAUCAGUUUGCAGUGAGAAAUGUCCUCCAGGAACUCGCAAGGUUUUGCAGAAAGGAAAGCCUGUCUGCUGCUAUGACUGUUUGAGAUGUGCAGAUGGAGAAAUAAGCAACAUCACAGAUUCCAUCACAUGUGUGAGAUGUGACCCUGAGUUCUGGUCAAAUGAGAGAAGAGAUGCCUGUGUAAAGAAGGAGGCAGAGUUUCUGUCAUAUGAAGAGAUUAUGGGAGCACUGCUCACUGCAGCGUCCCUCAUUGGAACAUUUAUGACUGCUGUUGUGGCGUUCAUUUUCUUCAGAUACAGGCAGACUCCUAUUGUCAGGGCCAACAACUCUGAGCUGAGCUUCCUGCUGCUCUUCUCCUUGACUCUGUGUUUCCUGUGCUCUCUGACCUUCAUCGGCCGGCCCUCUGAGUGGUCCUGCAUGCUGCGACACACAGCAUUCGGCAUCACCUUUGUCCUGUGCAUCUCUUGUGUUCUGGGGAAAACAAUCGUGGUGUUAAUGGCCUUCAGGGCCACACUUCCAGGUAGUAAUGUGAUGAAAUGGUUUGGGCCUGCACAGCAGAGACUCAGUGUUCUGGGAUUCACUCUUAUACAAGUUGUCAUAUGUAUCCUCUGGUUGACAAUUUCUCCUCCUUUUCCAUUUAAGAAUUUUAAGACGUUUAAUGACAAAAUCAUCUUGGAGUGUGCUCUGGGCUCAGCUGUAGGAUUUUGGGCUGUACUUGGGUACAUAGGACUUCUGGCCAUGUUAUGUUUCAUUCUUGCUUUUCUGGCUCGGAAACUGCCUGACAAUUUCAAUGAAGCCAAAUUUAUCACCUUCAGCAUGUUGAUAUUCUGCGCAGUAUGGAUCACUUUCAUCCCAGCUUAUGUCAGUUCUCCUGGGAAGUUCAGUGUUGCUGUGGAGAUAUUUGCUAUUCUGGCUUCAAGUUUUGGACUGCUGAUUUGUAUUUUUAUUCCAAAAUGUUAUAUAAUCUUACUGAAACCAGAGAAGAAUACAAAAAAGAACAUGAUGGUGAAGGGGUCUCAAAAUCAUUCUGAAAGCUUAAAAUAA